AGGAUGGCCGGGGCUGCAGGUGGGGCGCGCGCCCGACGGCCGGGGCUCCCCUCUGAGCGGCCGCAGCUCUUGUGCCUUCCUGGGGGGCCGCCCCAUCGGAGCCGCUGAGGCCAAAAACAGACCGACAGGCAGUCCGUCCUUCCCCGCUCAAACUGGGAUCAUGACGGUCCCCAAGGAGAUGCCCGAGAAGUGGGCCCGGGCCGGGGCGCCCCCCACCUGGAGCCGAAAGAAGCCCUCUUGGGGGACAGAAGAAGAAAGGAGGGCGCGGGCCAAUGACCGAGAAUACAAUGAGAAAUUCCAGUAUGCGAGUAACUGCAUCAAGACCUCCAAGUAUAAUAUUCUCACCUUCCUGCCUGUCAACCUCUUUGAGCAGUUCCAGGAAGUUGCCAAUACCUACUUCCUGUUCCUUCUCAUUCUGCAGUUGAUCCCACAGAUCUCCUCCCUGUCCUGGUUCACCACCAUUGUGCCUUUGGUCCUUGUCCUUACCAUCACAGCUGUUAAAGAUGCCACUGAUGACUAUUUCCGCCAUAAGAGUGAUAACCAGGUGAAUAACCGUCAGUCUCAGGUGCUGAUCAAUGGAAUCCUCCAGCAGGAGCAGUGGAUGAAUGUCUGUGUUGGUGAUAUUAUCAAGCUAGAAAAUAACCAGUUUGUGGCGGCGGAUCUCCUCCUCCUCUCCAGCAGUGAGCCCCAUGGGCUGUGUUACAUAGAGACGGCAGAACUCGAUGGAGAGACCAACAUGAAAGUACGGCAGGCGAUUCCAGUCACCUCGGAAUUGGGAGACAUCAGUAAGCUUGCCAAGUUUGAUGGUGAAGUGAUCUGUGAACCUCCCAACAACAAACUGGACAAGUUCAGCGGAACCCUCUACUGGAAGGAGAACAAGUUCCCCCUGAGCAACCAGAACAUGCUGCUGCGGGGCUGUGUGCUGCGAAACACCGAGUGGUGCUUCGGGCUCGUCAUCUUUGCAGGUCCUGACACUAAGCUGAUGCAGAACAGCGGCAGGACAAAAUUUAAGAGAACAAGCAUUGAUCGCCUAAUGAAUACACUGGUGCUCUGGAUUUUUGGAUUCCUGGUCUGCAUGGGGGUGAUCCUGGCCAUUGGCAAUGCCAUCUGGGAGCAUGAGGUUGGGACACGCUUCCAGGUCUACCUGCCCUGGGAUGAAGCGGUGGACAGUGCCUUCUUCUCCGGCUUCCUCUCCUUCUGGUCCUACAUCAUCAUCCUCAACACCGUCGUGCCCAUAUCACUCUAUGUCAGUGUGGAGGUCAUCCGCCUGGGCCACAGCUACUUCAUCAACUGGGACAAGAAGAUGUUCUGCACGAAGAAGCGGACGCCGGCGGAGGCCCGCACCACCACCCUCAAUGAGGAGCUGGGUCAGGUGGAGUACAUCUUCUCCGACAAGACGGGCACCCUCACCCAGAACAUCAUGGUCUUCAACAAGUGCUCCAUCAACGGCCGCAGCUACGGUGACGUGUUCGAUGUCCCAGGACACAAAGCUGAAUUAGGAGAGAGGCCUGAACCUGUGGACUUCUCCUUCAAUCCGUUGGCCGACAAAAAGUUUUUAUUUUGGGACCCCACCCUCUUGGAGGCUGUCAAGAUGGGGGAUCCCCACACGCACGAGUUCUUCCGCCUCCUUUCCCUGUGUCACACCGUCAUGUCGGAGGAAAAGAACGAAGGGGAGCUGUACUAUAAAGCCCAGUCUCCGGACGAGGGGGCCUUGGUCACUGCAGCCAGGAACUUUGGUUUCGUGUUCCGCUCUCGUACCCCCAAAACCAUCACUGUCCACGAGAUGGGCGAGGCCAUCACCUAUCAGCUGCUGGCCAUCCUGGACUUCAACAACAUCCGAAAACGGAUGUCGGUCAUAGUGCGGAAUCCAGAGGGGAAGAUUCGACUGUACUGCAAAGGGGCUGACACCAUCUUGCUGGACAGACUCCACCACUCUACCCAAGAGCUGCUCAACACCACCACUGACCACCUGAAUGAGUAUGCGGGCGAAGGGCUGAGGACCCUGGUCCUGGCCUACAAGGAUCUGGAUGAAGAGUACUACGAGGAGUGGGCUGAGAGACGACUCCAAGCCAGCCUGGCCCAGGACAGCCGGGAGGACCGGCUGGCCAGCGUCUAUGAGGAGGUUGAGAGUGACAUGAUGCUGCUGGGAGCCACGGCCAUUGAGGACAAGCUUCAGCAAGGGGUUCCGGAGACCAUUGCCCUCCUGACGCUGGCCAACAUCAAGAUCUGGGUGCUGACAGGAGACAAGCAAGAGACGGCCGUGAACAUUGGCUAUUCCUGCAAGAUGCUGACGGACGACAUGACAGAGGUGUUCAUCGUCACUGGCCACACAGUCCUGGAGGUGCGAGAGGAGCUCAGGAAAGCCCGGGAGAAGAUGAUGGACUCGUCCCGCAGCGUAGGCAAUGGCUUCACCUACCAGGAGAAACUUUCUUCUUCCAAGCUCAGCUCUGUCCUAGAAGCUGUGGCUGGGGAGUAUGCCCUGGUCAUCAAUGGGCACAGCCUGGCCCAUGCAUUAGAGGCAGACAUGGAGCUGGAGUUUCUGGAGACGGCCUGUGCCUGCAAAGCUGUCAUCUGCUGCCGGGUGACCCCCUUGCAGAAGGCACAAGUGGUGGAACUGGUUAAGAAGUACAAGAAGGCUGUGACCCUUGCCAUCGGGGAUGGAGCCAACGAUGUCAGCAUGAUCAAAACGGCUCACAUUGGUGUGGGCAUCAGUGGGCAGGAAGGGAUCCAGGCAGUCCUGGCCUCCGAUUACUCCUUCUCCCAGUUCAAGUUCCUGCAGCGCCUCCUGCUGGUGCAUGGGCGCUGGUCCUACUUGCGCAUGUGCAAGUUCCUCUGCUAUUUCUUCUACAAGAACUUUGCUUUCACCAUGGUCCACUUCUGGUUUGGCUUCUUCUGCGGCUUCUCGGCCCAGACUGUCUAUGACCAGUAUUUCAUCACCCUUUAUAACAUCGUGUACACCUCCCUCCCAGUCCUGGCUAUGGGGGUCUUCGAUCAGGAUGUCCCAGAGCAGCGGAGCAUGGAGUACCCCAAGCUGUAUGAGCCAGGCCAGCUGAACCUCCUCUUCAACAAGCGGGAAUUCUUCAUCUGCAUCGCCCAGGGCAUCUAUACAUCCGUGCUCAUGUUCUUCAUCCCCUAUGGGGUGUUUGCUGAGGCCACUCGGGAUGAUGGUACCCAGCUGGCUGACUACCAGUCCUUUGCAGUCACGGUGGCCACGUCCCUGGUCAUCGUGGUCAGCGUGCAGAUUGGGCUGGAUACUGGCUACUGGACAGCCAUCAACCACUUCUUCAUCUGGGGCAGCCUGGCCGUUUACUUUGCCAUCCUCUUUGCCAUGCACAGCAAUGGGCUCUUUGACAUGUUUCCGAACCAGUUCCGGUUUGUGGGUAAUGCCCAGAACACCCUGGCCCAGCCCACUGUGUGGCUGACCAUCGUGCUCACCACAGUCGUCUGCAUCAUGCCUGUGGUCGCCUUUCGAUUCCUCAGGCUGAACCUGAAGCCCGAUCUCUCGGACACGGUCCGCUAUACCCAGCUGGUGAGGAAGAAGCAGAAGGCCCAGCACCGCUGCAUGCGGCGGGUGGGCCGCACGGGUUCCCGGCGUUCUGGCUAUGCCUUCUCCCACCAGGAGGGCUUCGGGGAGCUCAUUAUGUCUGGCAAAAACAUGCGGCUUAGCUCCCUGGCGCUCUCCAGCUUCACCACCCGCUCCAGCUCCAGCUGGAUUGAGAGCCUGCGCAGGAAGAAGAGUGACAGCGCCAGCAGCCCCAGUGCAGGGGCUGACAAGCCCCUCAAGGGGUAAAGGCUGGGACAGGGACGCCCCGUGCUGGUGAUCAGCGCACGUGGGGCUGGCCGGCCACCAAGGGGACAGCGUCUCGGAACUGCGGGUCCUCUUUCCUUGCCUAGGUCCUCAUCCUGUCUCCCCUGUAGACUCUGUCCUGCUGGUCCCUCUAGGAGCCACGGGGGCGUCCCCAGCUGAGGGUCCUCCCAGCAGCUGGGAGGGUGGAGGGGGCAGGCCCCAAAGGCAGAGUCGGGGCUGGGCAUUGGGAAUCAGCCCCAGUGGGGGAUCAGAUGUGGAACCAAAAACAGAAGAAAAAACUGUGAGAGAUUUUGUCUGCCUCUGCCCUGCCUGGGAGUCCACAGGGAGACGAUAAUCUCUGUAUUUUUUUACUCCCGCUCCCCAGAGGGGCCCCAGAGCCCCCGUUCCUGAAUUACACAAGAAUGUAUCAUGCCGGGAAGCCAGAGACCUGCUGGGGCCCUGGGCCCCUCACAGUGUGUGUGUGUGUGUGUCUCUCCUUGAUUUGUGUUUGUGUCCAGUUUGGUUUUGUCUUUUUUAUUUGGCAAGUGGAGGAGGCCUUUGUGUGACUUUUGUGUCGUGGUUGGUGUCUUAACUCUCCUGGGGGAGAGGAGGCUGGCACACACGGGUGCCCCAGCCUGGCUGGAUGUGGGGAGGAGCCCUCCAGCGGCUGAUGCCCGUGGGGGACAAAGAGGCCGACCAAGGAGGGAGGUGCCUGUCAGCCAGAGUCUACAGGAGGGUCUGGUCCUGUCCUUCCUCACCCUGAGAGUGAAGUGCCACCCCCUCCCCAACACGUGUAUCUCAACUCCUGGAUUCCGUAAGUCCUGCUGGUAUUGGGCUGGAGCCUGGGAAAGUGGCCCCAUCCGUCUCAGUGACCUAAAGCUGGGUAUGAAAUGUAGGCCGAAAAACAUGUUCUUUAAUUUUAAAUUUAGACCCAGGUUCAUUAGCAGAGUCCAUCCCGACUUCCCUUCUCCCUCCUCAUUGGUGUUUUCCUGCACCUGCCCCCCAGGACCUGAAGCGGCCCGAAAGGGGAAGCUGAGCACUGUGAGGUGAGGCUGAAGGGAAGCCGACCUCUGCUUCUCCCUUCUGGUAAACAAGGGGUCCCACCCGCUCCAGGCCUGUCAUUGGGCAGGAGCUGGGGGGUCUAUGUGGGGUGGGUGGGGGCAGAGCAGGGGAGACGGCCGCUCCGCUCCGUGCCCGGCUUAGUCUGCACAGCAGAGCCUGGGCUUGCCUGUCCUUCGUCUCCAUCUGCACCUAGGAAGCUCUUCCCCAAGUUAGGUGUCUCCCAAGUUGGCUGCCAAAUCUGUCUUGGGAAGAACUGCUUCCUUGUCUUUGGUAGUGGAGGGAGUUACUCAGGAAUGGUGUGGAGCUGGGAGUGUGGGGUAUGGAGAUCUCAAACGGUCGACAUGGGGGUCCCAAGGGAAUUGGAGGUGGGUCGUGGUGAGGCGGGUGGGUGGGCAGGGAGUGGGGGCGGGGAAAGCGUGACAGGGAAAUUCCUUUAGGCCACACGGUUUACAAACCCAACAUCAUGUCUGUUUGUGUGUCUCUCAAGGUGAGAGUCUGAUUUUUAUACCAAAGAGGAAAAGAUUUUUUUUCAUAUUUGGUUUGUCUAUAUUAUAUAAAUAUAAAUAUAUAUAUAUAUAUACAGUUAUAUAUAUAUUAUUUUUUUGGUUCUCUCUCAUUUUUUAGGGAGGGAGGAAAGUACCAAGUUGCAUUGAACUGUAAUUAAGGAACAUUCUGUAUAAUUUAUGACACAUUUCUAUACUUGCAAAAAUUAUAUCAUUUUAUGGAUAUAAGAGAAAAAUGCCUUUUUAUAAAAUUCCGAUUUCUGAGAA